GUGUGAUUUCCCAGGAACUGCGUUUGAACCGUUUGGCAGCUGUGAUUUACAAACAACUUGUUGCUGAUUUGCUCGGUAACUGUUCCGCAUGGUUUCGGUUUUGGUUUGUAGCGCUUACAUGGAUGCAGAAAUACAAACACAAAGUUUGGAUUUUGUUUGCUUCUGAUAUUAUAUAAUAUUUGAUAAUCACAUUGAGUGCAGUGACUCUGCCGGUGUUGUGCAUCGGGCGCUGGUUAGUAACGGACACAGAGGCAGAGAGUGAGACAGUGAGACACUCUAUUGAUAAAUACAGGAUGAGUAGAGAAGAGGACUCAUUGGAGAAUCUGGACUCUGAGUUUGAUCACUACUUAGUUGACAUGAAACCUUUUGUGCUCAAGCUUCCAGACAAAUCAGAGCGUCAGCGAUGCGCCCUAUGGAUCAAGAAGCUCUGUGAUCCUGUGGCCUCCGGCUCCGGCCUGAUGGGAAGGAAAAACCGUAAUGCAUACGCCAGGCUUCUUCUGCACAUGCUCAGAAGAGGAGUCCUCGAGGGACCGUUUACUUACAAGCCCGAAUCGGGAAGCCUCAAAACUUUACCAACAUACAUGUCAGUUUACUAUGAUGAGCCACUGGCAUCCCGGAUUCGAGCACAGAGCACCGCCAUGCUGCCAGACUGGGUUACUGGUGAACUGGAUCGUGAUGACACGUGGUCCAGUCUGCCGAAGGACUCCUCUCCACCUCAUCCAAACAACAGAAGGAGAAAUUUAUUCCAUCCCAAGUCUCCAAGCAGACCUUUAUCUUCCAGUCCUCUCAGAUCUGCUGCCAAGGAGGACAAGAGGGAUGGGCACCCAGGAAGACCCUCUUCUGAUGACAGCGACUUAGAAGCCCGUCUCAACAGCUGGAACCUUGGGAUCGAAAACCCCAGGUAUUUGCGCGAGAACCCUAUUCCCCUAUCUCCGAUUUACCCAAAGUCGAGCCUAAGAAAUAGCACCCUUACCAGUGAGCCCCCUGUUUACAAAGCAGAUCAGGAGACUGAAAUGAAAACCAAAGUUCUGGAGGCCAAGUACCAGGAGGAAAAGCUGAAGCUCCAGCAGAGACACGACGCUGAUGUUCAGAAGAUUUUACAUCGUAAGAAUGGCGAGAUCGAGGAGCUGAAGUACUUGCACCGGUCCAAGCAGAAAGAAGCCGACGAGGCAGUGAAAGCACUGGAGAAAAAAGUUCAAAGCUUGCUUCGUGAAUCCCAGGUCAUCCGCCAGAGCAAAGACAAGCAGAUCGCAGAGUUAAAGAAAUUGUCGGAUCAAAGUGCUGACUCUAUGAAAAACGAAUGGGAGAAGAAGCUGCACACUGCUAUGGCGCAGCUGGAGCAAGAGAAGUUUGAGCUGCAGAAGAAGCACACAGAUAACAUCCAAGAGCUGCUGGAGGACACCAACCAGCGGCUGGCCAAGAUGGAGGCCGAGUACGGCACCCAGACACGAGCCACCGAGCACACAGUGCAUGAUCUGGAGGCACGGGUGAAGCAGCUUUCAGUGGAGGUGGAGAACAGCAACCUGCUCAGGCAGAAGGUCACACAGGAGAAAGCUGAGCUGGAGAUCCACAUUGCAGCCAUCAGUUCUGAGCUGCAGGAGACCAAAUGCAGGAAUAUGACUCUACAGCGGGAGAAGGAUCUACAGAGUGAGCAGCAUGAGGAGACACUACAAAAGCUUCAGGCCAAACACAAUGCAGACAUCAACCACUUUGAGCAGGAGCAUGCGCUGUCUGUAGCCAAGGCAUCGGAGGUGAUCGCAGAUCUGGAACAGAUGGUGGCGCGGCUCAAACAGCAGCUGCGAGACAGCGAGCACCAAAGGCAAAAACAGCUCAGGGAUCUGGAAAAUAAGACGCAGCAGGAGAAAAUGGACCUUCAGCACACCAGUGACAAAAAGGUGCAGUCUCUGCAGGCCGAGCUGGAGAAGGAGCGUAAUGAAGGCAGGAAAAAGACCACCAAGUUGGAGGAGGCACUCAGGGAGAAAGAGGAUCACAUAUGCCACCUAAGAGAAUCCCAGAGACAGCAGGCCCAGCAGGCAGAGUGUGCUUUGGAGAGCUUUAAGAAGCAAGUGGAGCUCAGCUCUGAAAAAGCCUACGCUGACAUGAAGCAGCAGAUGGAAAAGGUGGAAGCUGAUCUGUCGCGUUCUAAGUUACUGAGAGAGAAGCAAACAAAGGAGUUCGGCCACCAACUAGAGGAGCUCCAACAAAAAUACGAGCAGCAGAUUAUGGAGCUGAAACUGCAGCAUGAGCAAGAGAGGACACACCUACUUCAGCAACACAAUACUGAGAAGGACAGCCUGGUCCAGGAUCAUCAGCGGGAGAUUGCUAGUCUGGAGAAGCAGGCGCGGUCCGCCAUGGCCCAGCACCAAGCACAGACCCAAGAAUGGAGAAAGCGGGAUGGACAGACAAUCAGUGAGCUGGAGUCCCAGGUGCACACACUCAGGGAGGAGCUGCUUGCGGCUCACAGUCAAAGGAAGCAGCAGCUGACUGAGUUGGGCCUACAACGUGAGGAGGAACGCCAACGUGCUGCCCAGGAACAAGAGGUGGCGUUAGGCAGGGUCCGGGCCGAGAUGGACCGCGUCCGCCAGGAUCUGGAGAGGAGCCACACUGCUGAGAGAGAACUCGCUCAGGAGAAGGCAAACGGUUGGUUGAAGCAGCUUGAGAAGGAAUACACCCAGAAGCUUGCCAAGUCUGCACAGACAAUGGCAGAGCUACAAACGACAUUGUUCUCUGUUAAAGAAGAGAGCAAACAAACCCAGCAGGCUCUGGAACGCCAGCUACAGGAAGCGCAUACACACUGGGAUGAGGAGAGAAGACAGCUCAGCCGAGAUGCUGACCGUGUCAGCAAAGCUCUCCAGGAGCGGGUGGAGAGCUUGCAAAGGCAGCUGCGUACUACAGAGAAGAAAAUGAUGAGCCGGGAGCUGGAGACCCAAGAACAGAUCACGCGCAUCCGCCAGGAGUACGAGUUAAAGAUUAAAGGCCUGAUGCCCGCUGAGCUCCGGCAGGAACUGGAGGACACCAUCACCUCUCUCAAGUCACAGGUCAGUUUCCUUCAGAAGAAAGCAUGCGUUUUACAGGAAGACUUGGAUGCAUGCCGCAGCAGGAGGCUUUGAUUUUGAUCAUUCAGCUGAAUGAGCAUUAGGGGUUCGGCUCCGAUGUCAGGUAAUGAAGGACAUGCAAUAUUCAGCAUUGAAGAUUUCACCCAUCUUCACACACUAUUUGUGUUUUGGACCAUGACUUGCUUUCAUGUUUUCUGUGUCAUGUUUGAAUUAAAUUCUUUUUUAAAUGUAUUUAUGCACUGAACCAUCAUAUUUAUUUCCAUUUUUUGAGAAAUAAUGAGUUUUGCUUAAUGUGGCAUGGUGUUUAUGUCUCACUACAAAUGUUGCAUGCUGUUUGGUCAGCCAUGUUUACUUGAUUUAUGAAAGGAAAAAAAGAACUGUCGCAUUUAAAUUCACCUUUUUGUAUUAAAUACAUUUUUUUCUA